AUGACUAGUCAAGAUCCAUUCCGAGAUCGGUACCAAUGCUUCCAGAGUUCUAUCCAUUCUCGUGGCAACCAACAUGAAGGCUGGACGACAAAUGUCGAUGCCCUGUCUCCUUUCGUCUGGCCUAUGAAUUGGAGCUUAAUUUCACGCCCAUUCAAUAAUGAAGAGACACGAGCUACACUCUCAGGUCCUCGAUUCGCUGAAACGCUUCCGGUGUCCACUGACGAAGGGAUCUUUGAUCGAGUAUGGAUCUUCUUCUUUCCACCUUCCUGCGAAUGGCCAAACACUAGAACUUCGAAACUCAAGAACUCCUCUUUGCUUCGUUAG